AUGAUGGUGGUGUCCACAUACAUCGGGAUCUACUACAACGUGCAACGCCUGGAACACGCCCGACUGCGUUGCGCCGUGCUGCACCAUGCCGCUCACCCCUCCCCGGUGCUGUUCCCAGGCGUGGGCUACGGGAUGAUGGUGGUGUCCACAUACAUCGGGAUCUACUACAACGUGGUGAUCUGUAUUGCCUUCUACUACUUCUUUGUGUCCAUGACGCGCGUGCUACCCUGGACGUACUGCAGCAACGCCUGGAACACGCCCGACUGCGUGGGGGUGCUGGACAGGAACAAAUCCCGCAGUGCUGCCCUCAACAUCUGGGUUGUCGUCUUCCUCUGCCUCAUCAAGGGCGUCAAGUCCUCAGGAAAGGUGGUGUACUUCACGGCCACCUUCCCCUACGUGGUGCUCACCAUCCUCUUCGUGCGCGGCAUCACGCUGGAGGGGGCCCUCACCGGCAUCAUGUACUACCUGACGCCCCAGUGGGACAAGAUCCUCAAUGCCAAGGUGUGGGGUGAUGCGGCCUCGCAGAUCUUCUACUCGCUGGGCUGUGCCUGGGGUGGGCUGAUCACCAUGGCCUCCUACAACAAAUUCCACAACAACUGCUACCGGUGAGUCAUCAUCAUCAGCAUCACCAACUGCGCCACCAGUGUCUACGCCGGCUUCGUCAUCUUCUCCAUCCUGGGCUUCAUGGCCAACCACCUGGGCGUGGACAUCUCCAAGGUGGCCGACCACGGUCCCGGCCUGGCCUUCGUCGCCUACCCUGAGGCCCUCACCUUGCUCCCCAUCUCACCCCUCUGGUCCAUCCUCUUCUUCUUCAUGCUCAUCUUGCUGGGGCUGGGUACACAGUUCUGCCUGCUGGAGACGCUGGUCACGGCCAUCGUGGACGAGGUGGGCAACGAGUGGAUCAUCCGCAGAAAGACCUUUGUGACGCUGGGAGUGGCUGUGGCAGGCUUCCUGCUGGGCGUCCCGCUCACCACGCAGGCGGGCAUCUACUGGCUCCUGCUGAUGGACAACUACGCCGCCAGCUUCUCCCUGGUCGUCAUCUCCUGCAUCAUGUGCGUGGCCAUCAUGUACAUCUACGGGCACCACAACUACUUCAAAGACAUUGAGAUGAUGCUGGGCUUCCCGCCCCCGCUCUUCUUCCAGAUCUGCUGGCGCUUCAUCUCACCCGCCAUCAUCUUUUUCAUCCUGGUCUUCACAGUGAUCCAGUACCGGCCCAUCUCCUACAACGACUACGUCUACCCCACCUGGGCCAUCAGCAUCGGCUUCCUCAUGGCGCUCUCCUCCGUCAUCUGCAUCCCCAUCUACGCCAUCUACAAAGUGUGCUGCUCCGAGGGGGACACGCUGCUGGAG